AUGGAUCCCGAAGAGCUUCUGGAGAUACAGGCCGAACAGGAGCGGAAACGGCUCGAGGCACUCGACAACAAGGCAUUGGAGAACCGUGAGAUGCUGAGUCAGCUGGACAACCUGAACCAGAACACGCUGGAUGACUGCACCAUGGUGCUGGGCACCACCGGAGCCAUCGUCGGUGACGGGAAGGCCCUCGACUCGGCUGGUAAGGACGCGGCCAUCGGAGCGAUCGGUGGCACGUGCCUGCAGUCGGUGCUGCUGAACGGCACGCUGAACGACCCGCAGCAGGCGGGAGGCAUGGUCACCAGCAGCCUGGGCAGUGUCACCGCCGUGGGCAAGGGUAUCGACAACACGAACCUGAACGGCGAGCUGGUGCCGUCGGACAUGGCGGCGGCGCGGCGUCGGCGCAGUCUCGACAUUCCCGACUACCCGCUCUGUGAGGAGGACGAGGAGGCGGAACCCACCACGCCCGACCCGGACGACCCUGACGCCCUGCCCUGCAAGACGGCCAAAGAACUGGCGCUGCUGGACCAGAAACGCAAAGCGGCGAGCCAGGUGCCGACGAUGCUGGAGUCGGUGAAGCAGAUGCAGGACAAGCUGAUGUCGAUCGCGCUGCCUGGCGAAGACCCGUUCACGCUGAAGACCCCGGACGGUCUGGAGAUGACUCUGGUCAUGAUGGAGGGCUGGGCGCUGGCCGGCUACCGUAUGCGUCUGGGAGAGGCCGAGUAUCAGUUCCCCAGCCUGUGCGCCGUCCUGCACGAGGAGGCCAACUGCAGCGCUGCCUACAACAUGACCGUCGGCCUGCAAGCCAUCAACUGGCCCACACUACUCUAUUCGUACGGCGAUGGAACGGACGCCGUCAGCAAGGACUCGUCGAACCUGCAGCUGAAGCUGGUGCAGCAGCUGCCGGGCACCACGGACCUGGAGCAGGUGCCCGUGUACGAUCUGCCCAGCCACCAGCGGGUGCGCAUCACCGUGCCGCGAGGGAAGAAGGGCGAGAAACCCGUGCUGCCAGACCCGACGUUCGUGGAGCCGCAGCCGAACCCCAAGGAGAUCAUGGUAUAUCACUCGUUCAACGUCACCCACCCGUACGUGGCCAUCAACGUGGAGGUGUCCGUGUCGCGGCCGGACGCGCAGUUAGUCGUCUUCAUGAAGCGCGGCAACAAGCCCAACCUGACGCACUACGACUGGGUCUGGAAGGUGCAGCUGCCCGUCAACUUCACCGUGGAUAUUUCCCAGGAGCCAAUGGAAGAGCCGAUUCCAAUCACGACAGCAGUUCCAAUGACCACCAUAAGAGUGCCCACCUGUGAGGAACUGGAGGGUGUGAACGCCACACGGGGUACCAACCAGACCUGCAUUCCCGGAGCGGUCACCGAGCCCUCUGUGAUGUGUGAGGAGGACCUCAUCACGGUCGGCUCCACCACACCGGCGCCGACGACCACAGCCGAGCCCAUGCUGGCCCGUAUGCGGGGAAACGGACAAGGGCAGGGGAAUGGAGGCGGCAGUCAGGACGUCACGUCCACCACGGAGGACCCGACCACGCAGCAGACGGACGCGCAGUGCACGCCCGUGCUGGUGACGCCCACACCCACUGACGGAUCGCUGCCCGACGCAGAGCCGGUGGAGCCCACCAACUACAUCUCGGAAUACGUCCGGCUGCGGGUCGUGCCGAACCGCGCGCUGGAGCCGUACGACCCGUACGGUAACGACUCGCUGCUUUACUCGUUCCCGCUGUACGACAUAUUCGUACCGGACUGGUACGUGGACAACAUGACUGGUGAAUACUGGAUCGGCGUGGCAGAGUUCUCCAACACCACAGACGACGAGAUGUUCUUCGACGACCCGACCUCGGUGAACCUGACCAUGUCCAACAUGACGCACAUCUACUCGACCAACUACACGGUACGGGUGUACACCUCGGGCUGCCUGUUCUACAACACGCUCAGCGACACAUGGGAUAGCGACGGAUGCACGGUAACCGACGCCAACCACAAGGCGACUAUGUGCUCCUGCAACCAUCUGACUUCGUUCGGAUCAGGCUUCUUCGUCAUGCCUAACGCCAUUGACUUCGACUACGUGUUCGCCAACGCCAGUUUCGCCGACAAUCUUUCAAUUUAUCUCACUCUGAUUAUAUCGUUCGCCAUCUACCUGAUUCUGAUGUUCUGGGCGAGAUGGAAAGAUAAGAAGGAUGUUCAGCAGGUCGGCGCCACACCACUGCCUGAUAAUAACCCUAACCACAAGUACCUGUACGAGAUACUCAUCAUUACCGGCAACAAGACCAACUCGGAGUGUGACAGCAAGGUGCAGUUCAUUCUGUCCGGCGAGCGGGACGAGACGGACGUGCGCACGCUGGCCGACCCGCAGCGACCGAUCCUGCGCCGCUCGGCCACCGACAGUUUCGUGAUGGCUACGGCGCGUCCGCUGGGCCAGCUCAGCUACCUGCGCAUCUGGCACGACAACUCGGGCAAGGGCGGGGCCGCCUCCUGGUACCUCAACUUCAUGGUGGUGCGCGACGUGCAGACCGGAGAGAAGUGGCAGUUCAUCGCCAACAAGUGGUUCGCCGUGGAGGAGGGAGACGGUCAGAUCGACCGCCUGCUGCCGGUGGCCGGCCGGGAGCAGAUGCUGCAGUUCCAGCACCUCUUCAACACGACCUCUCGCAGGAACCUCUCUGACGGCCACCUGUGGUUCUCGGUCUUCAUGCGGCCGCCGCGCAGCCGGUUCACGCGCGUGCAGCGCGUCUCGGCCUGCAUGGCGCUGCUGUACCUGUCGAUGCUGGUGAACGCCAUGUGGUACGGCCUGGUGCCGCAGCAGCCGGGCACCGGCUCCAUCUCGUUCGGACCGUUCUCGCUCAGUCCGGAGCAGAUUGGAGUCGGCGUCAUGUCCAACCUGAUCGUGUUCCCGCCGUCCUUCCUAAUUAUUCUGCUCUUCAGAAAGUCACGCCCGCGCCACCUCAAAGAGAACCGAAUCGAGAAGGCCAUCGAAAGUCAGCGAAAAGAGCAGCGCGAGUCGGGCAAGUUCCCGGACGCGCCGGAGUCGACUGGAACGCCCCGCAGCGCGGCUCGCAGCACAGACAGCGACACGCGCAGUGUGGGCAGCGAGUCUCUGGCCGACACCGCCGCCAAGAAAAAGAAGCCCUUCACCCUGCCAUGGUGGUGCGUGUUCUUCGCCUGGUUCCUGACGUUCGCCAGCAUGGGCGCCUCCAUCUUCUUCCUGUGGGCGUACGGCAUCACCUUUGGCAACGAGAAGACCACCAAGUGGCUGACCUCACUGAUCAUCUCUUUCUUCUCGUCGGUUCUACUCACGCAGCCAAUCAAGGUGCUGCUCACGGCUGUUCUGGUCUCGGCCGUCUGUAAGAAACUGGAUGACGGCCACGACGACCUGGACGACGACGAACAGGAGCCAGCGCUGAGCAACGACGAGGAAUGGCUGCACGCCGCACCAACUGGCAAAAAGAAGAAGGAACGAAAGAUUGAAUACAAGCCGGUGGAUCCAGCCAAAAUCGAGGCGGCCAAGCGCGAGCGUCAGAAGGAGGUGAAGAUGUGGGACAUCCUGCAAGAGAUGGCCGCCUACGCCUUCUUCCUGUGGAUUCUGCUCACCAUCAGCUACGGCUCGCGCGACCCCAACUGCUACCUGAUCCGCGAGUCGCUGGAGAACCACUUCCUGCAGCCGGCGGAUCCGUGGCUCUCCUACCGGAUGGUCCGUAAUGAGACACGUUUCUGGAACUGGACGCGUUCAGUGAUGGUUCCAGAGCUGAAAAUCGAUGUCGACUAUGCUGGAGGAAAGCCGAAGGGCAAAGAGAAGAAACUCAUCAGCGAUAGGGUGCAUCUUCUGCUCGGUAAUGGCGUGAUGCGCCAGGUCCGCAUCAGAGAGAAGAAUACAUGCCGUGUGCCCAAAGUGAUGCGAAACGUUACCCGCGACUGCCACAAGUUCAGCAACUUAUUAUAUGAGGAGAGCGGAGACUUCGGCCUCGGCUGGAACGCCUCUCUGGCCAAAAAGCGGCCGUUCAACCUGAAGGAGUACCGUCACAGGAGCGCCUCCAGCCUGGACUCGUACCCGUUCUGGGGCGACCUCGGCUGGUACGGCGGAGGAGGAUACGUGGUGGACCUGAAGGGCAGCCGAGCUCGUCUCAUCAGCGAGAUGUGGCGUCUCCAGGAGCAGCGCUGGAUCGACGAGAAGACGCGCGCCGUGUUCAUCGAGUUCUCGCUAUUCAACCCGCAGGUCAACCUGUUCGUGGACUGCACCAUCGUGGCCGAGUUCAGCCCGGACGGUGGAAUAACUCCCUUCUUCAAGUUCAAGCCACUGAGACUGCUGAAUUACAACUCCGGCUUCGGUCUCUUUGUCCUAAUCUGCGACGUGUCGUUUGUUAUCUUCAUCAUAUACUACACGGUGCGUGAAGUGAAGAGGGCUAAAAAGCAGAAGGGCGAGUAUCUGAACGACCCGUGGAACUACCUAGAGCUGACGGUUACAGUUCUGGGCUACACGGCUAUCGUAUUCUACCUGUACAGGAUGUUCCUUGCGAACGGAAUCGUGGACACCUACGAUAAAACGAAAGGAAGAGGCUACAUCAAGCUGCAGCAAGUGUCGUAUCUUGACGAGACUUUCGGCUACAUCAUCGGCUUCUUAGUGUUCUUCGGCACACUGAAGUUCAUCAAGCUGCUCCGCUUCAACAAGCGAAUGGGAUUCCUGACAUCGACACUGAAACAAUGCGCUGGCGAUCUCUGGGGAUUCAUCAUUAUCUUCUUUGUGCUGUUUGCAUCGUUCAGCUUUACAUUCUUCCUCCUGUUCGGCUUCGCCACAGAAGAUUUUGCGAACGUCAUCAUAAGCAUUGAGUCAUCCUUCGCUAUGAUGCUAGGGAAGUUCAAGUUCGCGGAGAUACAGCAGGCGAAUGCGGUGUUCGGACCCGUAAUGUUCUUCACGUUCACCAUUUCUAUGACAUGCAUCUUCAUCAACAUCUUCCUCACCAUCAUUAUCAAGAGCUUCCAGGCCGUGAAGAACGACCUGAUGAAGCAGGGCAACGAGUACGAGGUCAUCGACUUCUUAGUCAACCGUAUGAAGCUGAUGACCGGCAUCGGCAAGCCGAAAAUCAACGCCAUCGGACCGCUGUCGGCAACGGACGGCGAUGGAGACGCGGGCAAGGAUCCAUCGGCCCAGUUUCCUGAGAAGGUGGACCAGCUACUCAACCACGUCAACGACUUCUACUUCGACGGCAAGAUGAACUUCAACAACAAGACCUGGCUGAAGAAGACGCUCUCGGGAUCCAGUGACGAUCAUAAGUCGCACCGCCCGCAGGAGCGAUCUGAUGAGUAGGAGCAGGUGGCCAGAAUAUGAGAUCCUCACGCUGACGCCUACCGAUCAUGCAGACUCAGGACAUGCUCAGGAUAUGACGAACCGUGUGUUUAUGUACGCGUGUGCAUGCGGAUAUGCAAGCCCGUGUACUUUUUGUG